AUGAAUUGGAUCGUGCCGGACAAGUUCCUGGCCUUCGCCGGGCCCAGCCCAACCUCCACCGACGCCGACGGGUUCCCGGCCUUCACUCCAGAGGACUAUGUGCCCAUCUUCCGCGACGCGGGCAUCGGCCUGGUCGUGCGGCUGAACAAGAAGCAGUACGACCGGCGGCGCUUCGUAGACCACGGCUUGAAGCAUGUGGAUUUGUACUUCUUGGAUGGCAGCUGCCCAGACAGAGAGAUCAUCUCCAAGUUCCUCCACGUGGUGGAAACGGAGCCCACCGCGGUGGCGGUGCACUGCAAGGCUGGUUUGGGUCGUACUGGCACCCUCAUCGGCCUCUACGCAAUGAAGCACUUCCAAUGGCCUGCCCGGGCUUGGAUUGGGUGGAACAGAAUAUGCCGACCAGGCAGCAUCUUGGGCCCUCAGCAGCAGUUCCUGUGCGACAUGCAGCAAGACAUGUGGCAGGCCAGUCUCGAGUUCGCGUGCAGUCCAAGCAAUGCAACCCAUGGAGACGCCAAGGGAUUUUGUUGCCCAGUGAAUUGGGGGAUACAACCCUAG